UGAAAUCGCCAGAAAUCAGCUGUAUUUCGUUGGGCGCGUAAAUUGUGCAGCGUGCAUUUUAUUGUUGUUGUUUUGUAAUAACUGUUUUUAUGUAGUUAUUUGUGCCAAAAAUGUUGAACUUAAACUGCGUCAUAUGCGCCGAAUUAUUUGGUCAGGCCGACGAGGUGUUUGCCACAAUGUGUGGGCACAUGUUCCACCACAGUUGUCUCAACCAAUGGCUCGAUCGCUCGAAGACCUGUCCCCAGUGUCGUAACAAGUGCACAACUCGCAACAUUUUCAGGGUCUACUUCAAUCUAGCCAAUUUGGAUGUUAGCCGCAUCGAUGUGGGUUCCCUGCAGGAACAGCUGGACAACGCCGAGUUGUCCAUAAAGAUGAUCGAAAAGGAGCGCACAAAGGCUGAACAACAGAUGCGUAAUCUGAAGGAAACGCAAAAGAAAUGCCUCAAAACCAUCGCUGGUCUGGAGCAAAAGGUACAAAAGAAGGAGUUCCUCAUCAGUAGCUAUGCUGAGCAGAUCAGCAUCCUCAAGAGCGAUGCACUGGUGGUGGAUGGACUGCGCAAGGAGAACAAGUCACUGAAGUCGCAGAUCCAGGCCAUGGAGGGCAUCUCGGCCAUUCUGUCAGCUGGAUCUGCGGAUGCCGAGCGCCUGCUCAAGAACGAGAGCGAUCCCCAAGUCCUGGCCAACUGGGUGUCCACACUGAAGCGAGAGCUGCGCCAGUGCGAGAGCAAGAAGACUGAACUCAGGAACGUGGUCAAACUGGUGCAGAAUGAUCUACGCAAGGAGAUCGAACUCAAGCGCAAGUUGGAGGAGCGUGUUUCACACCUAGAGAGUGAUCUUUACCAAGCGCAGGAGAAGCUGCAAGCUCUACAAAGCAAGCCCAUUUGCUUGGACUCUCCCGACACCUCUUUUAGUCUGAAUAGCAACAUAAUGGCCCUUAAACGCGAAGCUAGGCGUUCCACCAUAUCGCCCACGAUUAAGGAGAAUAUCAAGCGUAUUGAAGAGUCCACCUCGCCAUAUCUCAACAUCAAAUCUAGCAGCGUGGGCUUGGUCCAUCUUCUCAAUACGAAGGGCAACAUUGGACUGGCCAAGACCAAAAUAUCGCCCAUCAAGGGAGCCAGCGGUGUGAGCAUGACCAGCGGAACCAUACGCAAAACCAGCAGUGAUCUCAGUGAAAAGUACUCAAUCUUCAAGAAGCCUCGCCUGCUGCUGGGCAGCUCGAGCAGCACUGGCCUGACGGCCACCGCUGGCUCCAACUUUGUAUUCAAUGGAAUGGGCGGCUCCGAGAAGGUGGAUCCCUUUGCACAGCGCGCCGAAGAAGAGGGUCUGGCGAGCAGCAGACCCACAGCUGUCCUUUCCCGGAACGUCAACCAGCGCCUUAAAGCCGGCUCCCUGCGCAAUUUCAACUUGGGCAAAUGAG